UCGCCUUCGGUCGCUCCGUUUGUCCCUCCGCGGCUCCCGUAGUCAUAGUAAGCCAUGGCGUCCGACAGUGAAGAGGACUGUGUGAGUUACGGGACUCCGCUGGAUCCUCUGGAGGAAGACGAGCCGCUGAAGAAGCCCGUCCCGCUCCACGAGCAGACGGUGAAGGACGAGAAGGGACGAUAUCAGAGGUUCCACGGAGCGUUCACCGGAGGGUUCUCAGCCGGUUAUUUCAACACUGUCGGCACUAAAGAAGGCUGGGCGCCGUCAACCUUUGUGUCGUCACGGCAACAGAAAGCUGAGAAACAUCAUGUCAGACCCGAAGAUUUCAUGGACGAGGAGGACUUUGGCGAGCACGGCAUCGCUCCCAAAGAGAUCACCACCAGUCAGGAGUUCUCGUCCGGGCGCAGAGACGAGAUCAGAGAGAAGGCGAGAGCCGUCAACGCUCAGGCGGCGCUGAUCCCCGGAGACACUCUGCUGGAGGAGCUGAUUGCACCUGCCAGGUUGUCCAUCGGGGUGGAGCUGCUGAGGAGGAUGGGCUGGAAGGAGGGCCAGGGUGUCGGACCUCGUGUGAAGAGGAAAGCUCGCCGACAGCAGAGCGAUGGAGGUAGCAGAGUUUACGGCUGUGUGCUGCCCCCUGCUGGAUCAGAGGACUCAGAGGAUCAGGAUGAUGAUGAAGAGUUUGCUCCAGAGAACGUGACCUUCGCCCCGAAGGACGAGACUCCGGUGGACUUCACCCCGAAGGUGGGGGUUCAGGGUCUGGGGUACCGCGGUCUGGACCCGGGAAUGGCGCUGCUGGGCCGAGGAGCUCCAGAACACAUCGACCUGUUCAGGCCGCAGUCCGAGGCGAGGAGUCGACUGUUCGGAGGCGCUCAGCGAGGCUCGCGGAGAGGAGGCGUGGCGGGACAGGCGUUCGGGGUGGGGGCGAUGGAGGAUGAUGAUGAUGAAGAGGUUUACCACAGAGACUCCAUGUCCAGAUACGACACGGUGCUGGGAGGAGAGGAGCCCGGAGACGGUCUGUACGGCUGGACGGCUCCGCAGCAGUACACCAAGAAGAGAG